AUGGACUCACAAGAGCCACCAGAGUUUAUUCUCGACGUUUUUGCUGAUCCGCGCUCUGUUCGCGACGUCGUUAAAGGUAUACUCCAUACUAUAUUCUUCCACCGGUUCUUCCCUUCCCUAGUCCCACAAACCCGUGAGGUCCUGGAUCUUACCCUCCCCUAUGUCGAUGACAAUGAGCUCGAGACCAUGAUAGAGCAGCGCGUCGCCGCCCUCGAGCGGCAGAUAGACACACAGCGCUCAUCUGGAGGUUCAAGCAAUGCUGCUGGUGGUAGCGCGACUGGCGGGCGCGAACAACUUGUUGUGCAGUUCUUUGAGAAGCGCCGGCGCAAGGCCUGGUUAUCUCGUGGAGACGAAGAGGUUUGCUGGGAAUGUUGGACGAUUAAAGUAACCGUCGCCGAGCCUAGAACUGAAAGCGGUACGACUCAGGACAUGUCUUUAUUCUGUGAGGAUAUCACUGACAACGAUAAAGAGCGAGCUAAAGUCCGACGCGCAAUGGAACAGACCCUUCUAACAACGGCGAUGAAGAUUGUCACGUUCGCAAACACGCAUAAAGACCACAUUCCGCCUAUCACCACCCAAGGCACCAACCCAUUCCCCUAUAAGAUUAACCUCGACCAGAAGGAAGCAACAGGGUGGGCAACACGAAUGCGCAUAUAUUAG